CUCAGCGCAAGAGGCGUGUGCCGAAUUUACCCUGCCAUGCACGUGUUCUUCAGCGUCGACCAGCGCCACCAUGGCGUCGGGCCCGUCAAGUACGCGUGGGACCCGUCCGGAAGCUUUCUCGCGUCGACUGGCACGUCGCGCGUUGUGCACAUCUUCAACCGGCUGGGCGAACUCGUCGACCAGGUCGUGCCGCCGUCGCCGUCCAUGUGCACGCACCUCGAGUGGAGCCAGCCCUCGCGCGAUGCCAAGGCCGCGAGCCUCGUGCUAGCCAUCGCGCAGGCCAACGCGACGUCCGUGCUUCUCUGGGCAGCGGCGACGCAGACAACGGCGACCGUCGACGUCGGCGUCAAGGAGAUCACGCUGCUCAAAUGGAACAAGCUCGCGCCGACGAGCCAGGCCGAGUCGGCGCACGAGCCGGACGAGCCGCUGCUCGCGAUUGGCACAAGCCGUGGCCACGUCUUCUUGUACGAUGCGAUCAGUGGCCUCCGCGCAGCGGCGAGCAAGCACAAGCGCAAGAUCCUGUGCGGCGACUGGAACAGCCAGCGCGAGUUUGCGUUCGGGUCCGAGGACCGCCAGAUCACGAUCUGCGACAAGGGCGGCGUGACGCUGGACCAGGUCAAGAUCAAGGCGCCGCCGAUCUCGAUCCAGUUUGGCGGCCGCGGCCACGUCAAGCACAUAUUGAGCGUCAACAUGGGCGGGCAGACCAUCUUGCUCUACGACUUGCUGGAGAAAGACAACGCGCUCGAGCUCGCGUUCCAAGCGCGGUACGGCAACAUUGUCAACUACAAGUGGUUUGGGAACGGCUACAUCAUCGCGGGCUUCUCGUCGGGCUACGUCGUCAUCAUCUCGACCCAUCUCAACGAGAUUGGCCAGGAGCAGUACUGCGCCAAGUUCCACGACGACCAUUUGCAUGCCAUUUGCUACAACGAGACCAACGGCAUGGUCGCGACGUGCGGCGACACGUGCAUCAAAGUCGUGCGCAUGGCCGACUGGAAGGAAAUCGCCGUCGAGGACCUCGAUCGCGACGCGACGCAGUUUGACGACCUCAACUGGACCUGCGACGGCCGCGUGCUGAGCGUGAGCUGCCACAAUGGCUGGCUUCACCACUUUAAGCUCGUGCACAUGGAGCAGUCGCUCCACCAGUCGCUGCUUGAAGACCCGGCGUCGCUCCUCUCGACGACGGGCCUCGUCACGGCGUCGCUUCGACCGUUCACGCCGACCGUGCUCCUGCUCACAACGGUGGCGCUCGUCGUUCUCGUGGUCUUUUGCUUCGCGACGGUCAUGCAGGUCGACAUGAAGGUGCUCUUGUACGCGAUGACGGGCUGGACACCGCUGCUAUAGAACCGUAGUGCUAUGUAAACCUGGAUAUCAACGUUGGACGCUUGCGUCAGUCGCGCGCAAUAAUGAUAUAAGUGUAAUGGCCACGACAACUUGGU